AUGUCUUGCUUCCCCACCACCUUUGCUCUCCUUCUACUUAUUGCCGCCGCUGCAAAAUCUGCACCGAUCAAGAAACAUGUAGAGGCGGUGGAAGCCACGAGAGAAGGCAUGCGCCAAGCAGUCUCUUGGGCUAAUGGCUUCAAAUUGGUUACCGGGCUGGGCCGGGAGUCGGGCUUUCCAUCCCGGGCCCUCCUCGACUGUGCGGUUAUGUACGAAGAUGCGGAGUCGAGGCUGGCCCGGUUGGUCACCGGUGAGAGGGAGGAGUACUGGAGCCGUGACGACGCUGUGACAUGGCUGAGCGCCGCCUUGGCUGGCCACAACGCUUGUUUGGAUGGGCUGGGAGAUAUGAGGGUUUCCUUUGAAGCCCAUAAUUUGACUGAGGUGAUUAGGGAGACUUUGGGGUUAUACCGGGCCGAGACUACUAAUCCAAUGGGAAAAGGUAAGGGUAAGACAGGAGGAGGGAGUUUAGCGGCGUGGAAUGCGGCAACCUCGAAUGCGGACUAUGUGGUGGCUCAAGACGGGUCCGGGAGGUAUAAAACAAUUAACGAGGCUGUGGUCGUGAUAGCUCGAUCGGGCGAAAACCGGCCCGAGCGAGUCAUAGUACACGUAAAAUCAGGCGUGUAUAGAGAAAAUGUAGAAAUUGGAAGAAAAUUGACCAACCUCAUGCUCGUCGGCGACGGCAUCGACAAAACAAUCGUCACCGGAAAUCGAAAUGUACAAGACGGUGCCACCACCUUCAGUUCUGCCACAUUCGGUGUCUCGGGUGAUGGAUUUUGGGCCCGGGACAUGACGUUCGAGAACACGGCUGGGCCCGGGAAGCACCAGGCAGUGGCGCUGAGAGCAUCUCCUAUGGCGCCCCUCCGGGUGGGUUCGGACCGGUCGGUUUUCUACCGGUGCAGCUUCAAGGGCUAUCAAGACACGCUCUACACCCUGUCGCUCCGGCAGUUCUACCGGAGCUGCCACGUGUACGGCACAGUGGACUUCAUAUUCGGCGACGCGGCGGCGGUGCUCGAGGACUGCGACAUCCUGGUGCGUCGGCCGAUGGACCACCAGUCCAACUUCAUCACGGCGCAGGGGCGGAGCGACCCCAACCAGAACACGGGGAUCUCGGUCGUCGGCUGCCGCGUGCGGCCGGCGCCGGAUCUCCGAGGCGCAGAGGGGAGGUUCGAGACCUUCCUAGGGCGACCGUGGAAGAAAUUCUCGAGGACGGUUUUCGUGAAGACGGAUUUGGACGGGCUGAUUGAUCGGAGGGGGUGGAAGGAGUGGAGCGGCGGAUUUGCGCUUGCGACGCUCUACUAUGCGGAGUUCAUGAAUACGGGAGGCGGAGCAUCCACGGCCGGCCGGGUUAAGUGGCCGGGAUUCCACGUGUUGAUCGACGCGCGUGAGGCCGAGAAGUUCAGCGCUAGGGGUUUUAUUGGCGGCGAUCAGUGGAUUCCGGCCACCGGAGUGCCGUUCUAG